UUUGUUGAUUACAUGUACGUUUUAAAGAGAUUGAGUCGUGACGAAACAAAAGUGCCAGCAGACAUAUGCUGAGUUGCCAAUUUUAUCUUUAGUCUCUGGAUUCUUCUUUUAGAUUAUACAGCUAUAUUAAACUAUUGUGUUAAUCAUUUAAAAUAUGUUAAAAUAUGUUUUGAUUUUGUGUCUUAGCUGGCGUGAUGUUUGAUUACAGGAAAGAUUUCUUUGAUGUUGUCUAAAAUGCGAGAUUUAUUCAAUGCUUGAAAAAUCUUUAAAGGUAUGUUUAUACCGGAAACUUUGAGAGGCUGUAUGAUCGAGACGGACGUUUCUUCUUAUUUGCAGACAUCAUCAACUGGACAGGAUGAAUUUCACCCCUUUAUUGAGGCUCUUUUACCAUACGUAAAGUCAUUUUCCUACUCAUGGUUUAAUUUGCAAGCCGCAAAACGAAAAUAUUAUAAGAAACAUGAAAAAAGAAUGUCAUUGGAAGAGGAAAGACACUGCAAGGAUGAACUGCAGAAUGAAAAGAGUGAAGUAAAACAAAAGUGGGCCUCACGAUUACUUGGAAAACUCCGAAAAGAUAUUACUCAAGAAAGUCGGGAGGAUUUUGUACAAUCAAUAAUCGGCAAGCGCCAAUCUAUUUGUGUGCUUUCAAAUCCUGACCAAAAAGGAAAAAUGCGUCGCAUUGACUGUUUGCGACAAGCUGACAAAGUGUGGAGACUUGAUUUGGUUAUGGUCAUCCUUUUUAAAGCAAUUCCAUUAGAAAGCACAGACGGCGAGCGCUUGGAAAAAAAUCCGGACUGCCUACACCCAGGCUUGUGUGUUAAUCCAUAUCAUAUAAAUGUGUCUGUCAGAGAGCUUGACUUAUAUUUGGCUAACUUUAUAAACACCCAUAAUUCAGUUCCACACACAAGCUCGAACUGUUCCACCAUAGUACGUUCAAUAUCACGAUCACCUCUGUUGACAUUAUAUAAUCGUAGUGAUUUAUCGAAUAAAAAGGAUGAUGGUGAAGAUAUGAAAAAUGAGAAAAUUAAGCACAACCCUUAUAAUGGAGUAAUGUGUAACGAUAUUAUUUUAGCAACUGGAGUGUUUUCGUCAAAAGAACUAUGGGAACUAUCAAAAGAAUCAAUUUUGGAUGAAAUGAACGAUGGAGGUUUGGACUCAAGCUUAAUUAAGAGGGAGAGUGUUGGAGCUGCCUACGAUUGCAACACAUAUCAACUUAAUUCUGAAACUUCAAUGCCCGUUCAAGGUGUAGUCCAACUGGGAUCAGUAGUGACCAACCCUAUUAGUUAUGAUCAGAGGAGUAUGCUUAUGCCCCAAAGCAUAGAUACAAAUGCCAACGCAAGUGACCCCAAUGAGAUCGAUAGAACUCAUUCUCCAACAGUUGCAAAUGCUUCAUCAGACAAUGGCCCCAAUAGUUUUUCAAUGCUUCAAAGGGCGGCAGAUGGUAACAGCUUUUCCGAAGAGCCAAAAACAUCACAAUCAGUGAUUUCUCUUCAUCGCUAUUCAUCUCUGAAUAAUAGGUUCAUACCCCAAGCUGCUCAACAACAUAAUCCAUCUUCUAUGCAUUCAUCACCGGCCAGUGCAAUAUAUUAUCCACAACAAAGUAAUCAACGACCACAAAUUACAACAUUAGCUGAAGAUCAAAAUCGAGUUAAUGAGCCCCACGAUAUUUCUGAAUUUGUCACAUAUGUGUGUCAAGAUUCUAAUCACAAUACUAUUACGGGUUCAGUUGGUAAUCAUACAUUUCAACAUGGACCCGCAUCACAUUUUCAAAUUCAUCAACAGCUUCGUAGUGCGAAAUUAGCAUCUUCACCGUCAACUCAUUACCAUAGUACAAUGCUACCGCCUAUGCUGCCACCCAUGGCGCGACCUGUAGCUAUAAUUCGAAGCAGCGGAGAUUUGACUUUAGUGCAAACACCUUCUCCUGCCCUAAAUUCUGCAAACAGUUCUCCCAACGUGACGAGCAACAUAUCAAACUUAGCUAAAAGUAUCUCGGAUUCGGAAAACAACAGAUCUCUAGAUACAAUAGAGACUAAUAAUAGACCAAUUAAUACAGAAACUGUUUCACAAAACGUUCACAGUUCUGAAAACGAAUUAGUAGGUGCCACGUCCCCUCCACCGCAUGGGAAUGCUCCAACUCCCCCAAGUCCACAUGGUUAUAGUGACUCUGGGCGGUGCAAGUUGUCAUCGGCUGGUUUAAGCUCAGUAAGCAAAAUAACCGCACAAAUGUAUUCUUCCUCAACUAAUAGAGAAUAUUUUAAUCAUUUUCAUUCACAAGCUUCCCCGCUUUUGGGAUAUACGGGGCCUAUUUCCACAAUGUCUGGAGCUUUGAGCCCUACCAAUUUAAGCCUUUAUUCAGCUCCAAUGGCUGUUACGCGUUCAAGUACCCGGACACGUUGGAACGAAGAAGAGCUGAAUGUAAUAUCGCAUUCUAUAUCUAGUACAAAUAUAGAAAAUACUCAAGUAAUAUUAAUGGAUGAUGCAUCGGGGCGCUAUAUUGAAGAAUACGCAAACCGUGACUUUGAAUCAUAAUUUCAAACAUUGUAUGGUUUAGAAUAAACUUGAGUUUUAUGGAAAAAAUAUAAGUACCUAAAGUAUGAAAAGACAAAUUUUAUAAAAAUCAUAAUAAUCAAAGGAAAUAAACUAUUAAUGAAACGUUAAUUAACAAAAUUGUAUGGUAUGCUUUAGGUAGGAAUAACAAACGAGCAGGCAAUAUUUCAUAUAACAGGCAAUAUAUUACAUUUCAAGGGCUUAGAUAAGUUGUCGAAAGGCCCUAUUCCGGCGGCAAAGAACAUUUUUUUGCCCGAACUCUGCUGUGUGCGGCAGAAUAAACAAAAUAAACGUAUGAAGCGUAUGCAUUAGUUACUUAUACUAAUGCAUUAAAAUUAUAUGAAUGUAUUAAGGGCCGACCACUGGUUUAGAUGUUUUCAAGAGAGCAAAACGCUAUGAGGCAGACAGUUCCAACUCAUAGAAUAUACAUAUGUAGUUUCUUUGUAAAAUUAGAUGCACCAGGGCAACGGACGCCUCUGUUAAGGCUAGUAAUUCAGGAAUUAGUAUUCCAAAAAGGGAAAUAAGAAAAUUUUAUAAAAUUUAUGUAUUAGUGUAAGUAUUUUAUUUUAGUAAGUGCUAUUUUUAAAUCUAUUUUCUAG